AUGGCGCCCACAUAUCCCUCACAUGAUAUUGAUGAAUGUUCAGAGCAACCUUCCCGGUGCGGGAACCAUGCAAUCUGCAACAAUUUCCCGGGAGCCUACCGCUGUGAGUGCGUGGAGGGCUAUCACUUUUCAGACGGGGGAAUAUGUGUGGCUGCCGUGGACCAGCGGCCUAUCAACUACUGUGAAACUGGUCUCCACAACUGUGAUAUCCCCCAGCGGGCCCAGUGCAUCUAUAUGGGCGGCUCCUCCUACACCUGCUCCUGUCUGCCUGGCUUCUCUGGGGAUGGCAGAGCCUGCCAAGAUGUGGAUGAAUGCCAGUCCAGCCGAUGUCACCCUGAUGCCGUCUGCUACAACACACCAGGAUCCUUCACAUGCCAAUGCAAACCUGGCUAUCAAGGGGAUGGCUUCCGAUGUGUGCCUGGAGAGGUGGAGAAAACCCGGUGUCAGCUGGAGCGAGAGCACAUCCUUGGAAGAGCAGGGGCGACAGAUGCCCAGCAGCCCAGGCUUCUGGGGAUGUUUGUACCCCAGUGUGACGAGUAUGGGCACUAUGAACCCACCCAGUGCCACCACAGUACUGGCUACUGCUGGUGUGUGGACCGCGAUGGUCGGGAGCUGGAGGGUACCCGUACCCCACCCGGGAUGAGGCCCCCAUGUCUGAGUACAGUGGCUCCCCCUAUUCACCAAAGACCCGUAGUACCUACAGCCGUCAUCCCCCUACCCCCAGGGACUCACUUACUCUUUGCUCAGACUGGGAAGAUUGAACGCCUGCCCCUGGAGGGAAACACCAUGAAGAAGACCGAAGCCAAGACCUUUCUCCAUAUCCCUGCAAAAGUCAUCAUUGGGCUGGCCUUUGACUGUGUGGACAAGGUGGUUUACUGGACAGACAUCAGCGAGCCUUCCAUUGGGAGAGCCAGCCUACAUGGCGGGGAGCCAACCACCAUCAUUCGACACGAUCUUGGAAGCCCUGAAGGCAUUGCCCUUGACCAUCUUGGCCGCAACAUCUUCUGGACAGACUCUCAGCAGGAUCGAAUAGAAGUUGCAAAGAUGGAUGGUACACAGCGUCGAGUGCUGUUCGACACGGGGUUGGUGAAUCCCAGAGGCAUCGUGACAGACUCCGUAAGAGGGAACCUUUAUUGGACAGAUUGGAACAGAGAGAAUCCCAAAAUUGAGACUUCUUACAUGGACGGCACCAACCGGAGGAUUCUCGCACAGGACAACCUGGGCCUGCCCAAUGGCCUGACCUUUGAUGCAUUCUCCUCUCAGCUCUGCUGGGUGGAUGCAGGCACCCACAGAGCAGAAUGCCUGAACCCGGCUCAGCCCGGCAGACGCAAGGUUCUCGAAGGGCUCCAGUAUCCUUUCGCUGUGACGAGCUACGGGAAGAAUUUGUACUACACAGACUGGAAGACGAAUUCAGUGAUCGCCAUGGACCUUGCUAUAUCCAAAGAGAUGGAUACCUUCCACCCCCACAAGCAGACCCGGCUCUACGGCAUCACCAUCGCCCUGUCCCAGUGCCCCCAAGGCCACAACUACUGCUCAGUGAAUAAUGGUGGCUGUACCCACCUCUGCUUGCCCACGCCAGGGAGCAGGACCUGCCGAUGUCCUGACAACACCUUGGGAGUUGACUGCAUUGAGCACAAGUGACGACGAGAACGCCUUGCUCCCUCUCCCAGUAUUUCACAGCAACACCCUACUUGAAACGACUUGAUCUGAAGAAACGACUGACUGAAAAUUGUCCUGCAGUGGAGUGACCACUAGGCCCAGGUCUAGCCUAACCUGAGCCCCCACAACUUCCUCUCAGUCUCCCCUAAAACAGUCACCCCGCGCUCAGUAAUAGGAAGGUCUCUACCCCAACAUGAGGGCAGGACCCCCACAUACUCCCUGACCCCAGUCUUCAGAGAGAUUAUAGAGUUCUGGGUAAAAAGCCAACAUAGUGGUGCAUGCCUGUAACCCUAGCACUUGGGAGGUGGAGGCAGGAAGAUCAGGAGUUCAAGGCUAAUCUUGUCUAUGUAGCAGGGUUCAAAGGCAGUCUGGAUUACAUGAUGCCCUGUCUUCAAAAAAAAUUUCAGGGUGAAAAUUAUGUGUCCAUGCCAGAGCCAUAGGGCCUUUCCUAAUUUUAGACUCCUCCAUGGUAAGUGGUCUCCCGAAGACCUGAUCAGGCUACUUGUCUGUAGCUUUACAAGCUCAGUCGUUACUCUGAGGUGCCUGAGAGCCUGUCAGGUUCUUAACAUAGCACCUAGGCGCAGCUUAGGCAAGGUUAUGAGUCAAACUUUUUCUCUUGGUACUCUAAUCUCUGUCUUUAUGCUCCCAUCUAGCGACUCUCCUGUUCUGUACCACCUUCACCCUAAGACUCUAAAUUCCGUGAGCAUGAUUUGUCAUGUGAUCAAAGCCCAACCUCUCCUAGGAAUUCGUGGUAUUUGGUGGAUGGUAACAAGCAGCCCCUCCCAGAUGGAAAAAUCCUGGUAUUUCAGCAGUAGCCAUUGAUAAUCGAGUGAGCAAGUCAAAGAACUGUCCUGUGAGAGGAAUUUCAAGACGUAGUGUCGAGAUGUUUGAGGAUAGGGGAUUAUUAUUUUGAUGUGUCUUGAAUUGUAGCAAAUUCUUCCUCUUUGCCAAAGUACCUGUAUUAGCAUCUGGUCUGUGAUGCCAUGUGAGUCUUCAGUCCCACUCCUGGUACCGGUUUCCAAGUAUUCUCACAGAGAGUCAUUUGGGGCCCAGGCUGGGGUAGGGCUUGAAUAAAGUAGUGGCCCAUCAUAGUCCCUUAAUUUUAGAAUUGUAUCUUUGUUUCUCCCUCUCUCUAUGGCUUUUUCUGGCUAGAUCUCCGUCUGAAGACCCAAUCUGGGAAGAUCUAACUGGGUGUCUCUACUAGUGGUUCAGACCCUUAAUUGCUCAUUGUGCUCAUUGGUGAUGUUCAAGGGACUGUUGCUGCCUUCCAUGUUUCUGUCUGCUAUUUGUUUCAAAAAUAGCCCCUGACCGUAUGCUGAGCCACUACUCUAUUUUUCUAUCUCCACCUAUCUAUCUCUCAUCUAUCUAUCUAUCUAUCUAUCUAUCUAUCUAUCUAUCUAUCAUCUAUCUAUCAUCUAUCUAUCUAUCUAUCUAUCUAUCUAUCUAUCUAUCUAUCUCUUUUUUAACCACUUCCAAGACACUUAAAGCAAUAGAAAUUUUGGAUUGAAAGUGAAGCAUCAGAAGUUCAGUUCAGCACAGUGUAGGGUAAGGGCGUAGACCAGACUUAGUGGGACUGUGGAUGGAGAAGAGAAUGGAAAACCCAAGAGGAAAUGUUGGGGAGGGGUUUAAAGGCAGCUAAAACUAAAACCCUUAAAUAACUUCAGAGAAAAAUGGCACAUUUUGCAAACGAAUGUUUAACCUUGAAGACAUAGAAGAUCUUGUCUGAUGCUUUUCUUGGGGAAUGGAGGCCCUACCUCCUUUUCUUCUAGCUUUAUCACACUCAGCCUCCAAUCCCAUCUCCUCUUACCUCCAUCUCAACCUGCUUACAUUGGACCGGGAGCCUGAACUGGGAGGCAGUCUUUACUUAAACGAUUGGAGUUUAUAUCACAAGAUUUAGGGGCCGUGUGAAUCUUCUGUGCACCUCAUCGGGUAGUUUUUUAGUCAUUUUUAUGAAGCCCCCUCUCUCAUAUUCCUCAUGAUAUCCAUCUUUUAUAACUUUUAUUCAUUUUACUAGAUUCCUUCUAAAAUGUUUUACAUGGUAAAUUCUUAAACUGUGGAAACCACUGAAGGUGCUUAUUAAUGGUUCUCCAGAUGUAUACAAGUAUUGGAUGACUCCUUGAGUUUACAGCUGUACAAAUAUUAGUGCAGAAAAUUAAAAAAAAACUGUUAGAAAUAAAA